AUGGAAAGUGGAACGAGUAAAAGUAAGGUGAAGCGUCAUGUGGGUAAAUAUGAGCUUGGACGCACAAUUGGGGAAGGGACAUUUGCAAAAGUUAGGUUUGCAAAGAACAUUGAAACCGGGGAACCUGUUGCUAUCAAUAUCCUUGACAAAGAGAAGGUGCUGAACAAUGAUAAUACUAAAUACAAAGUCAUUGCUCUGAGCGUAUUCAGCGACUGUAUUAUCACUCCUUUAACCAAUGAACGUUCUGUUUGCCUUUCUUGUCAAAACCCUUUUCGAUACGAAGACACUAGGCAUGCUUUUCACGUAGAAAGGAUGGUGAGCCUUUUUCAAGAGAUGGAUGUUGCUAUUGGCAGCAUUAUUCAACAUAGACCAUCACCUAAAAAUGUGCUUAUUAUGCAAAAUUCUCAACUUAGGAUGAAACGUCUUAGUGAUAAACCACAAGGAGUACAUAAUGUACAAGAUAAAUCAUGCCAUUCACCCCUCUCCAAAAAAGUUUCACUUGUAGGAGAUGAACCAUCAGAAGUACAUAAUGGACAAGAUAAACCAAGCCAUUCGUGCCUCUCUAAAAAAGUUUCACUUGCAAGAGAUGAACUGGCAGGAGUACAUAAUGCACAAGAUAAACCAAGCCAUUCACUCCUCUCUAAACUUGCAGGAGAUAAACCAAGCCAUUCACUCCUCUCUGAAACUGUGCCUGGUGAUAAACCAAGUCAUUCAUGCCUCACUAUGCAAGCACAUCUUCAUCCAUUUAUCACUUGCAGGUUGUUGUAUCGACAUCCAGAGCAUAGGAAAUCAAUACUUCCAUUUGCUUCCAUUUGCUCAAUGUCUCCUAGACGCCAGAUUACCCCGCCCCCAUCGCCGCCGUUGAAUGCCAACGAGCAAGUGUUAGCUGGCCUAGCUCAUUUACUACGUCAGAAUGUCAGCACCUCUCAGGUGGCGAGGACUGAGAUGUCGUACGAGAAAUUUCGUAAGAUGGGACCCUCGAAGUUCACGGGUUCCACUGAUCCAUUCAUUGCUGAUGGAUGA